UAAAACUACUCGUUUGAAAGCUGUCAGACACAGCUGACGCAAAACAAAAACAAUGACUCCUGCAGUACCUCUCUCCGAAAUUCAAAUCGAGAAUGUCACGUUCCCGCCGGCGGUGAAACCUCCGGCUUCAAACAACACUCUCUUCCUCGGUGGUGCAGGGGUUAGAGGAUUAGAGAUUGAAGGCAAGUUCAUAAAGUUCACGGCUAUAGGAGUGUACUUGGAGGAUAAGUCCUUGGAGUCACUUGCUGCUAAAUGGAAGGGCAAGAUUGCCAAGGAGUUGGCGGAUUCCGUCGAGUUCUUUAGAGAUAUUGUUAGAGGUCCCUUUGAGAAAUUCAUGCGGGUGACGAUGAUAUUGCCAUUAACGGGCCUCCAAUAUUCGGAGAAGGUUGCGGAGAAUUGUGCUAACAUUUGGAAAUCUUUGGGAAUUUACACCGAUGCAGAAGCCAAAGCCAUUGAGAAAUUUCGAGAGGUCUUCAAGGAAGAAACCUUCCCCCCUGGCUCCUCUAUUCUUUUCACACUAUCACCCCAUGGAUCAUUAGCUAUUAGCUUCUCAAAAGAUGGGUCUGUACCAGAAAUCGAGAAUGCAGUGAUAGAGAAUAAGCUACUUUCAGAGGCUGUGCUAGAGUCAAUGAUUGGCAAGCACGGUGUGUCUCCUGCAGCAAAACAAAGUUUGGCUACAACAUUAUCAGAAUUGCUGAAAGAAAGUAAUGAAAAUGGGAACUGAGGCAUAGCUGUUUUUAGGAAAACCUUGUUGUUACUAUCAUAAAUAAAGGUUGAUUGCCGAUGAGCUUGAAGCUCAACCGGCAUUCAUGCUCGUUUUUUAUGAGAUUUCAGGCUCAAGCUUUUCCAUUGUAACAAUAAAGUACUGUAACGUUUCGCAGCUUCUGUAACUUCCUUCUAUCUUUUCCGAGGUGGUGUGAUUUUUCUUUGUUA